CUAUUCGUGAACAGACUUUAGUUCGUCUUUUCGGUGGCUGGUGGAACGCUGGUGGAGUUUUUUGUGCGUUAAGCGUAGCGUACAAAUGUGUAGACCUUGGUGGUCGUCGUUCGUCUAUUGCCUGGCAGUGGGGCUCGUCUUCAUCGAACACUCAGCGUACGGAAUCAAGUCGAAACAACAGCCAACUUUAGUAAUACCACAAGAUGAAGCAGGGCAGCCUAUUUCCUGGAUGGCUACUAGUCUGGGUGACGGCACACAUGCAACGUUUGCAUCAGUCCAACUCAACAUUUUUGGACACAGUUAUAUACUGGAUCUAGAACAAAACAGGGGCUUAAUUUCUUCAUCAUUCAAGGCCAUUCAUUUUCAUUCAACAAGAGUUGUCGUUAAAGAGCAAUUUGAGAACUGUUUUUAUCAUGGAACUAUAAGAAAUGUGGAGGAUUCAAAGGUUGUAAUGAGGACAUGCAGUGGCUUGAGUGGUCUUUUCUAUCAUGGCAAAGACCCAGAAACAUUCUACUUCAUUGAACCCGUUCAAGAGUCUGACGUCCUCGCAAAGCAGCUUUCAGACGGUCAUCUUCACAAUGUUUAUAGAGCGGCAGAUUUAGACAUGGAAGUCAAGAUAUUUCAUGAUGGGCUAAACAGCAGUCGAAAUGACAGCCAACAGAUUCUGUACAGUCAUGGUCUACUGGACGAUCUAAAGCAUGGACGAUUGCGAAGAGACGUGGUAUCCGAUGAAAAGAUCAUCGAGAUGGUGAUAGUAAAUGAUCACAGUCAAUUUGUUGCCCGAGGAAGCAACACUACUAAUGUCGAAGCUCGAUCAAUAUCCAUAGCCAACAUCAUGGACAUGUUAUACAAGCCGCUGAACACUAGGAUUGCAUUGGUUGGAGUCGAAACAUGGAAUGAAAAUGAUAGCAUUCUAGUAGUGACAGACCCCAAGCAAUUACUCACAAACUUUGGAGACUAUCGAGUUUCCGAGUUACUGACUCGCUUUCCAUCUCAUGACAAUGCCCAACUGUUGACAAAUAUUGAUUUUGAUGGUGACACAGUUGGGAUAGCUCCUCUGGAAGGAAUAUGUAUCGAUUCUGAAUCUGUGGGUGUUAACCAGGACAAUUUUAGUGAAGUUGAAACAGCAACUAUAAUGGCUCACGAACUGGGACAUAAUUUGGGAAUGGAACACGACGACAGUUGUAGUGACACCAAAUGCAUUAUGGAUGGUUGCAUAAUGCGAUCAACAGAUAAAUCAUCCACACUUGCCACCGAAUUUUCAAACUGUAGUCGGCAAGAAUAUGAGCAGACCCUACAAAAGGGCUUUGGAAUGUGUCUCUUUAAUUUGCCUUCUGUGAUAUUUGGUGGUCCUGUCUGUGGAAAUGGAUUCGUUGAGGCAGGCGAAGGAUGUGACUGUGGAACACCCAAUGAGUGUGUUGCAAAGAAUGAUAUGUGUUGUAAUUCGACGACCUGUCAGCUGUUUGAAGGUGCAAACUGUAGCAGCGUGUUCAGUUGCUGCACCAGCGAUUGCAAAUUCGAAAGUCAAGGCACGGUAUGUAGAGAGAAUACUACUGUAUGUGAUAUAGAAGAAGUCUGCACUGGAUCUUCGUAUGAAUGUCCUGAAAAUGUACAGUUGUCAGAUCUAACCCCAUGUGGUGCUGAGGCCGUUUGCUUUCGUGGACGAUGUGAAACACAUGAUGAACAGUGUCGAGAGAUUUGGGGAGAUGGUGCAACCAAGGCUGAUAGCAGUUGCUACAACACUUUCAACAUACUCGGAAAUGUGGAUGGAAACUGUGGAAAAUCGAGUUCAUUUAUUGCUUGCAAUGUUUCUGAUGUCCAGUGUGGAGUGCUCAUGUGCCAAGGAGGAAAAGAGGAGCCAGUAAUUAAUGCCAAUCAAGACCUUUUGUACUUUACAGGAAAUGUUACCACUGAUGACAAUUCUACUGCGAUAUGCAAGUCGAUAUCAGUUGAUGCCAGUGACACGAUCAACUAUAUUGGAUAUGUAAACGAUGGGACACAGUGUGGCACCAAUAAGCUAUGUCAAGCUCAUCGAUGCAUCGAUUUCUCAUCUCUGAACGUCCCGAGUUGUCCUACUGAUCAAAGCGGCAACAUAUGUUCAGGCAAUGGAGUGUGUAACAAUCUAGGCGAGUGUUCAUGCUCGUCAGGGUUUGUACAACCCAAUUGUACAACAGGUAAGAGAUGCAUGUAACCUAAGGGAGUGGGACCUUUCUGAAAGGGAGCUGAAACGGUUUUAAUUAAGUUAAUAAUUAGUUAAUAAGGAUAGUAAGGAAGUAGUAGGUCAACCAAUGUUUGGAGCAAGCAAUGGCGUUCUUGAGUCGAUCUCUUUGGCAAGAAGUUGUGUCAGGUAGCACAAGAUGUUACCAAGAAGAUUCAGCACUUGGAAGUUCUUGUGAUGCAAUACACAAGGAAGUGGAUCUUGCACAACUUGCGGGUGUGAACUACCAUUUGUGUUUUGUGUGCAAAGUAUUAUGGGAAGAGUUCUAAAAUUGAAAAGUUUGGUUAACAGCCUAUACUCUUACAGAAUUGAUUAGACUUGAGGUGUCGUGCUGUCAUGUGGUUCAAAGCUGGGAGGCAUGCAGCUACUUAAUGCUAGUACAACUCAAGCUACAUUGACAUUUGAACGAUUGCAAUCAACUAGGUUGUCGUAGCAACAAACUUAUGUGAUCUCUACUUGAUAUUAAUCUAUUACAAACGAAUGGCAUCAAACUUGCAAUGACUGAAUUGAUGGAUGUGAUGAAUUUUGACACGUAGUUGCAUGACAAAUGCAAGUUUUUGUUCUGUUGUUAUGUUGUCAUAGUAUAGAUACCAUGUUUAAUUCAAAAAGUUGUUGAAAUCUAGUGAUAUCUAGCUUGU